AACGUAUUUCCAUACUCGCAUAAUACAGUUCCUAUAUUCACUAGGAGAAGAAGCUCCAAUGAUGAAGAUGAAUGGCGGGCAAAAGGAGAAAAUUAUAAACCGUUGGGAGGUUCCCUUCCAAGACAAGUGGUUGGGAACGAGCUUCGGCCUUCUCUCUCCUUCCCUUCUUUCUGUUAGCAUGAACCUACACACACUCAAACACACAAAAAUAUUCAUAAACAAAAUAAGGGGAACAAUCAAAAGAAAGAGGAGAAAGUGUUCAUUUUACUGUAUUCCAUUCCCUCCAUGCCUCUGUUUCUCUCACUGUAACUCCCUUUGUCCUUCCAUGGACCCAUUGAUGAAUUUGGACGAGGCGUAGAAGAAUUUUAACGAGUUAUUUGAUCUGUAAUCAAAAGGGGUGCAAGUAUUUCGGGGUAUAUACUUAAAUAUUGUUAACAAUGGCGGAAUCAGGAGAUGCAGAUAAUACGACGUCUACAGGCGAAGAGGUUGAUUUCGUAUGCAUGGUGGACGAAGACGAUCCAACAGGCAGAUAUGAUGCAGCAAUGUGGCUAAGAAAGAGAGUAGGUGUAGUGGCUGCAAGAGAUUUGCCAGCUGAGCCUUCAGAAGAAGAUUGUAGGCAAGGAUUAAGAAGUGGGAUGAUCCUUUGCAAUGUUCUUAACAAGAUUCAACCUGGUUCUGUUCCUAAAGUUGUGAAUGCACCUUCACCUGUCUUCACUACACCAGAUUCAGCAGCUUUGGCUGCCUACCUUGAAAAUAUUAAGAAUUUCCUUAAAGCCAUAGAAACUAUUGGCCUUCCAACUUUUGAACCAUCUGAUUUAGAACAGGGGGGAUAUUUUUCAAGAGUGGUGAACACUGUAUUGGCCAUGAGAGCAUAUAAUGAUUGGAAAGCAAAAAGUGCAAAUGCAUCAAGAAAAUUUUCAUGGAGUUCACCAAGUGGGAAAUUUCUUCAAAGUAAAGAACCAGCUAAAGGUGGUACUGGUGAAUAUUCAACUGAUCAAUAUGAUGAUGGAAGUGAUCCUGGCGAUGAGAGUGAUCUUGGGCCUCUUUUCAAGAUUGUUUCUGAUCUUCUUAUGGAUAGAGAGGAAGAAGACAUUCCUAUUAUUGUUGAGAACAUAUUGAAUAAACUGAAAGAGGAAUUCGAAAAGAGAUUGGCAAAAGAAACAAGAAAACUAAAUGGAGAAGAUGAUGAGACAAACAGUGAUGAAGAUGAUUUAUCUGGUGGUGAGUCUUCAAGUCCUGAUUAUGAAGCUGUGAAGGAGCAAGAACGCAUAAAUAGAGAAAAAGAAAUGCUAGAACUACUAAAAGAAAAGGCUAGAAGGCAACUGGAGGAAGAGGAGGCAGAAAGAGCUGCAAAAGAGCAAGAACGUAUCAAUAGAGAAAGGGAAUUACUUGAGCAACAAGAAAAGGCUAGAAGGGAAGAGGAGGAAAGAGUUGCAAGGGAGAAAGAACGCAUCAAAAGAGAAAAAGAAAGAGAGUUACUUGAACAACAAGAAAAGGCUAGAAAGCAAGCGGAGGCUGAGAAAGCUGCAGAGUUAGCAGGGAUCGAAAGACAAAAAGAACUUUUAGCAGCAAAAGCAAAAGCUAAAGAAGAGAAAAAAGCUGCAAAAGCAAAGGCUAAAGAGGAGAAAAAAGCUGCAAAAGCAAAAGCUAAAGAGGAAAAGAGAGCUAAAAAGGAGCAAGAACGUAUGAAUAAAGAACAAGAUAAAGAAAAAGCUAAAGAGGAGAAGAAAGCUGCAAAAGAGCAAGAACGGUUGAAUAAAGAAAAAGAAAAAGAAGAGGCGAAAAAGAAAAGGGAAGAGGAUAAAGCUGCAAAAGAGAAAGAACGGGCGAAGAGAGAGAUGGAAAAAGAGAAGGCUAAAAAGCAGGCGGAAGCCAACCGAGCUGCAAAGGAGCAAGAACGGAUCAAAAGAGAGAAGGAGUUACUUGCAUUACAAGAAAAGGCAAAACAAGGGGAACAACUAAGCUUAGAAAGAGAAAAAGAGUUGCUUGCACUACAAGAAAAAGCUAGAAAGGAAGAGGAAAGGGAAAGGAUCGAGGAGGAGAAAAGGGCUAGGGAAGAGGAGGAAAGGGAAAGACAAGAAGAGGAAGAAAGGGCAAGAUUGGAAGAAAUUGAAAGAUUAGAAGAGGAAGAAAGGCUUAGAGAAAAAGAGGAAAGGGAAAGACAAGAGGAGGAAGAAAGGUUAAGAGAACAAGAGGAAAAGGAAAAACUUGAGGAGGAAGAAAGGGCUAGAAACGAGGAAGAAAAGGAAAGACUCGAGGAAGAAGAAAGGAAACGAAAAGAGGUGGAAAGAGCAAAACAAGAAGAGGAGGAGGAAAGGUUGAGAAAGAAAGAAGAGGAAAGGGCAGAAAAGGAAAAAGAACGCCUUGAAAAGGAGGAAGAAUUAAGAGAACAAGAACAAAGGGCAAGACAACAAGAGGAAUAUAGAAAAAGAAUGGAACAAUAUAACAGAUUAAACGCCAAUACUACAAAACGAAAGGGCCUAAUCGAACGCCAAGAUAAAGACUUACAAGAAUUAAGAAGCACGAUUUCUACUGCAAAAACCGAGGUGCAUUCAUGGAAAACAGCCUGUCAAGAGGAGGCUGAGAAUCUAGGUGGCAAUGUGCGAACUUUAUGUCAAGCUGCAGCAGGAUACAAGAAGGUUCUAGAAGAAAACAGAAAGCUAUACAAUCAAGUACAAGACUUAAAAGGAAGCAUAAGAGUGUAUUGUAGAAUAAGACCCUCUUUACCUGGACAAGAGAAUCAUCCCACAAGUAUAGACUACACAGAUGAAGAAACAGUAACAAUUAUCACUCCUGCAAAAUCUGGAAAAGAGGGUCGAAAAGCGUCAAUGUUUAAUAAAGUUUUUGGUCCUUCAUCAACUCAAGAAGAAGUAUUCUCAGACACCCAACCAUUGAUACGUUCUGUUCUUGAUGGAUUCAAUGUGUGUUUAUUUGCAUAUGGUCCAACAAGUUCUGGAAAAACCUACACAUUGACUGGACCCGAUAACCUUGAUGAAGAAACAAUGGGUGUAAACCUAAGGGCAUUAAAUGAUCUUUUCCUUAUCUCAGAAGAGAGGAAGGACCUCACUUCCUACACCAUUUCUAUCAAUAUUCUUGAAAUUUACAAUGAUGAAAUUCGAGAUCUCCUUGUCACUGAUGGAAAAAUCAGUAGCAGUAAAAAGGGGACAAAUGUACCUGAUGCAACUCUUGUAGAAGUCACAUCAACAGAUGAUGUUAUAAACCAAAUAAAUGUCUGUAAAAAAAAUCGUGCUGGAAAUGAUCGUAGUAGUCGGGCCCACAGUUUCCUUACAGUUCAUGUUGUUGGAAAAGACAACACAUCAGGGUCAAUAGUGAGAGGGUGUAUGCAUUUAGUUGACCUUGCAGGAAGUGAAAAGCUUGAAAAUUCAGAUGAUGAGUCAACACAUAUAAGCAAAUCACUGUCUGCUUUAGGAGAUACCUUGGUAGCUCUUGCUACUAAAGCUAAAACUGUUCCUUUCAAGUCUUGUAAACUCACACAGCUGCUCCAAGAUGUUCUUGGAGCACAAGCCAAGAUUUUAAUAUUUGUUCAUGUGCAUCCUGAUGCUGAUGAGGUUGGAGAAACACUCAGUACUUUUAAAUUUAUUGAAAGGUUUUCAACAGUGGAGGGUGGAUGUGGUAAAUCUGCAGAGACAAGGGAGUUAAAAGAACAAGUUGCUUAUUACAAAGCUGCUUUAGCCAAGAGAGAAGCAGCAGGAGACUUAUUGCCACAAGAGGCAUCAGUGAGUUCACCAAGAGCUGGGAAAGAAUCAGCUGAUGCUCCUGCAGAAGAGGAACCAAAGGCUGCAGCUGCAAAGGCAGCGCCAGCAGCAGCACCAGCCAAGAGUACUGCAAGUCCAGCUGCAAAGAAACCUGCAGCAUCAGCGAAGCCGGCGGCAAAGCCAGCUGCAAAGCCGGCACCAAAGAAAAAGAAACCAAUGAAGAAUGGAUGA